AUGAUGAGACGCAAAAUGAAGCAUUGGACAUUGCUGUCUUUGCUGUGGAGUCAUUAUUGGGAGACUUUGUUUUUCGAUGACCGACUGUUCCUAGCACCCCUCAGUCGUAGCCCACAAAAAGUUCUUGAUGUCGGAACUGGCACGGGCAUCUGGGCCAUCGAUUUUGCCGACGAAUUCCCAUCUGCUGAGGUCAUUGGUGUAGAUAUUUCACCCAUCCAGCCCCCGUGGGUUCCUCCGAACUGCAAGUUCUACUUUGAUGACGUUGUUGAGCAGCCAUGGACGUGGUCCAAGGACUUUGACCUCAUCCACAUUCGCCAUCUCGAAGCAAGCAUCGAGAACUGGCCGGCGCUGUAUAAGCAAGCUUUCGACCAUCUGGUUCCUGGAGGCUUUAUUGAGGUCAAGGAAUUCGAUAUCACAACACGAUCUCAGUUUUUUGGUGAUUGUAUUCCCGAAGAUCACAUUUUUCAUCAAUGGGCCAAAGUCAUGUUUGAGGCGACUGAUAAGCUUGGUAAGACGCUGGCCCAAACCCAGAAUCACAGCAUUGCCAGAGCUCUUGACGCAAUUGGCUACGUUGACAUAGUGGAAAAGAGAUUCUCUAUUCCCAUUGGUGCUUGGCCUAAGGAUCCGAAGCUGAAGGAAGUUGGGCAGUGCAACUUGCUCUAUAAUGACCAGUCACUUGAGGGAUUUGCUCUAUUCUUGCUCAAGGAGGUCCUGGGAUGGGCGUAUCCCAGGAUCGUCGUCUUUGUAGCUGAGAUGCGUCAAGCUCUUAGAGACCCCAGUCUGCAGGCCUUCUUCCACCUUCAUCUUGUCUACGCACGUAGACCUGAUGAGGUGGAACAAAUACAGACUGAACUAGAGGAAAUGGAUUGGACGAAGGUUGAGAAUCUGGUUUCAUUGCGAAAGACCUACGAUGAAAGAUCGUAA